AUGAAGAAUAAAUCAACCAAUCAGGGGAGAUUUGAUAUAAAAUCCACUGUGGACAGAGAGAGGGGAGUGAUCACUGUGCAGUCAGCUGUGUACAGAUGUGCAGAUACACAAACCUGCUCUCAGACUGACACUCAGGACAUCAAGAACAGGUACUGCUUUCUGUGUCCCUGCAGCUGUGAUGGGAGAAAAGUGUGUGACAUAAAUAUGAACAUCAUCAGUACUUCUGAUCCCGGCGUCUGCACGUACCUGGACACCACCUACACCUGCGUCCCAGAGAUCCACAACGUAACAUGUGAAGGAUCUCAGGCGAAACUUCAGUGUGGUGAAGGACAGGUUAUAGUCGUCUACUGGGCUAAUUUUGGUCGUCGUGACAACACCACGUGCCCUGAUGGACGUCCUGACUCUCAGCUCCAAAAUGUUCACUGUUCAAGUCCCAAUAGUACAGAAUAUGUAACUAACAGGUGUAACUGGCAGAACAACUGUACUGUUGGAGCAUCAAACACAGUGUUUGGAGACCCCUGUGGUGGCACCUACAAGUACCUGGAGGUGGUUUAUGACUGUCAGGCUCCUUCCUGCCCUCCUGGUUGGACUUGGUUUGGAGGUCGCUGUUUCAUCUUUGACAGCAGCAAGAAGAUCUGGACUGAUGCUGAGAGUUCCUGUGAGACACUCAGUGGACAUCUGGCCUCAUUCCACAGCACAGCUGAGUACACCUUCAUCAGAGAGCUCACUCACACAGCAGCAGGGCCAAAUGAACGAACUUGGGUUGGAGGCAAUGAUAGAGAGAAUGAAACUGUGUGGAUGUGGAGUGAUGGUUCCCAGUUUGACUUCAUAAUCUGGGGCAGUGAACAACCUGACAACUCUGGAGGAGAAGAAGAUUGUAUGGAGAUAAACCAUGAAGGAGGAGAUCCCAAUGAUGCACCGUGUGACGACAACAAAGCUUUUGUUUGUGUCAGAGAUCCAUAA